AUGAAGGCUGUCCUUGCCCUGCUGGCUGUCGGCUUGACCCUGCAUCCAGGCUCCGCUCUGCACUGCUACUCCUGCAGGGACCAGGUGAGCAACCACGAUUGUCGGCAUGUGCAGAACUGCACCGACUCCGAGACGUACUGCUGGACCAAGCACAACAGUACUGUUGACAUCAUGACCAUCAUUAGCAAGGGCUGCAGCUCGCACUGCGUGGAGGACGCCCAGAACUACUACGUGGGCAAGAAGAACUUCACUUGCUGCUCCACUGACCUGUGCAAUGCCAACGGGGCCCAAGCCCUGCGGCCAGCAGCUGUCACCCUGCUGCUGCUCACCACUCUCGGUGGCCUGCUGCUAUGGGGUCCCAGCCGGCUGUAGGAUCCAGGAGGACCCCACUUGCCCCAACACUGGGUAUCAGUGCCCAGGGGUCCUGGAGUGCUCUUCACACACACUGGCCCAGUCGAGACCCCUCCGAGACCCCAGCUCAGGUUGGGCCAUGCCCGUCUGCCCCUUCCAGCCUUCUGUGGCUCCCUCCAGAAGCCCUGCCCAGCUCCCCCUGCUCAGCAGGCUGAGUCCUGUUGAUGUGGCACUGUUCCAAAUCCCUAGAACCCAGCCUGCACAUGGUCUGCCCAACGCCCAUGUCGCAGCCCCCUCCUCAACCCUUGCUUGGGCAUUUCUUCUUCCGGCAAGACUUCUCUGCCCCACCCCCCCAUCGACGGAAUCAUUCCCACCCAUGAUGUCCCCCACAACCAGCAAGGAGCAGGCACGUGGGAGGGCCCCACAAAGGCUGAAUAGAAUUAGGGGCAGGGAGUGUGAGGUCCCAUGGGCCCCAAGAGAUGAGGUGUGGAGGGGGGUCCAGCUC